AAAAAAACUAACCCCUAACUUAUCCAUUGCCAUUUACAACAGUUCUAGUACAAGGAUGGCAGCUCCAUGGUUGAUCAGAUGACAAGACUCCAACUCAAACUACUGGAGAAGAGACUGGAAAACAAAAAGCACAAUAUGGACGACAGAGCAGAGUCUGCCCAGUCUGCAAGGAGUUAUGAUGGGCAGAUGGAUGCACUGCACCGUGCACUAAGGCGAAAGCAGGACCUGCUGCAAAGACUGAGGGAGCAGCACAUGCUAGAAGAUCUCAGCAGACCUCACACCUGGGGAGGUCCCCAAAGACACCACCAGUCACAAUUUGUCGCUGCCCCUCCACCACUCCCAACCAUGGUACCCACCCACAUCCACCACCCAGCUCCUGUUCUGCCCUUCCUGCCACCUCCACCACCUCCACGCAUCGUUCAACAGACUCUACCCCAGCAGCCUGCCACCAUCAUACAACAGCUGCCACCACAGCAGCCUCUGAUUGCUCAGAUUCCCCCACCUCACCCAUACCCUGCACCACGUUCAGGCAGCAUCAAGGAGGACAUGGUGGAACUGAUGCUGAUGCAAAAUGCCCAGAUGCACCAGAUUAUAAUGCACAACAUGAUGCUGAAAGCCAUGCCUCCUAUGGCCUUCUCGCCACUCGGGGGGUCCAGUCACUGUUCCACUCAUUUUGGACAGGACAGUUACCAGGGAACCCCUAUUUUUGUAAGGCAAGAUGUCAAACCAAGGGGAAAUGCUGUCCAUCAUCAUCAUCACUAUGGUCCUACCCCUGCAGGACCUCAGCUGCCUCCCAUCAGCUACCCUACAUGGUUACCAGGCGUGUCAUCUGUCCCAGCAGGACAAGCAGGGGGGCACCUAUCCUCCUUACACCAUGUAUCAGCACCUAUUACACUUCCACCUCUCAACGUGUAA